AUGGCACCUGUCGACCACAUCGACUUGACCUUGGAGUCGAGCGACUCUGAAGGCCACGCAAUCCAUUCUCGCAUCUUCCCCCCCCCAAGAUCGUCGCCGCAUCUAUCGCAGCGCGCAGAGACAACCACCGCCAGAUUUGAUCUCGACCCUUUUGCUGGUCGCCCGCCGGUGACAAAUAUCCAUCACGGUACCAUUCGCCGGCCCAUAAGCCCGCCCCAGCUGAAGCGACCUGUGGUUGCCAACACCAGCCAAGGUGGCAACAACUCGUUCGAGCCAGCCCGUUCAGUGCCCACGGUGGCCAGGCCAGCACCCAAGACGACAUCGACAAGCCCUAGUGUCGACAAUGCCACAGACAUGGCAAGACUGUCUGGUGUCGGACCUACCAACCCGCCGCCUCGACAGGUAACGCCGCCCCUUGAGCCUCACUCUCCCAAGCAAAGCCCGCAAACCAAAGCCACGCCUCCCAAAUAUCAGACGCCUAGGAAGCCAGAAUGGGAUGUCGCUGGCAUCGCCCGCACCCUGACGACCUUUCGCCAAGACAUCAAGGAUGGUCAUGCACGAAUGACGUCCUACAUCAUCGAAUCCACCAAAGCUACAGAACGUCGUGUUCACACAGGCAAUGACCUCUUCGCCGGACUCGCCAGCAAGCCUGUGCCAGUCCAAAAGGGUGAAACUAUGAGAAUAAAAUUCAAAGAGCACUCCAAGAUGAAGAGCAACAGACGCGAAGAUCACUAUCUUAUCCAGCGCAUCCAGACUGAUGAAGAACGCGUCCCCCGAUACCGGUUCCAUCACGUGGAAAUCAAAAAGAAUGUCCUCACACCAAACACAAUGCUGACCUUUGUCCCCCAUCUGAGGGAUCUCGAGAGCUCUGAAGAGUCAAAGUACAAUGUCUGGUUGCAGGAGCUGGAGGAUAUUGACCGCAAAUCGGGGUUCAAGCCCAUGAGCCGAGAAGAAAAGGUGCGCGUUACCGUCCGCUCAGAAUUCGCCUCGACCGUCUCUCUUUACCUCGAAGACUGGCUGGACAAGCUUGCGCUCCCUGGCUGCAACAAGUCCACCUUGAUUCGCUACAUGGCAAGCCGGGCACCCGACGAUGCAAUCACCCCUCGACAGAAGUCCGACAUUCUCAAUUCGCAUCGCCCAGCAGAGUCUACUACCCCGCCCGAAGCCAACAGAGCCGCCGAGAUGUUCACCGAAGCCUUCCACCGUGUCUUUCAUCAGGGUCAAUCGCCCACAAAACAAAUCGCGCUACGUGAUGUCCUCCUUCUCGACGAGUCAGUUGACAGCAUCAUGGACUCGAAACCAACUGCCAAGGACGGCUCCAGCUCCCAGAACGAGAACGAGUUUGAGGUGGCCGAGUAUGAACUUGGAAGUUAUUGCAUUCUUGGUUGUCUUAUCUGCUUUAGCCAUUCUUGUGAGCACGGAGAGUAUGAUGCUCAGAAUUGCAAACGCACCGUUUCGAUCAUGCCUCGUCUCUCAGAUACUCUCAAGCGACGCAGACGCCUUGCUUCCGAUGGAAUUAACCAUGUCAAUGGGAACAGCCACGGUCUGGGUCCAUGCAAACGAGACUGCUACAAAACGCCAACCCAUUCGUCCCUGAACCCCGACCAUCGACCUUGGACCCAAGAUGAGCGCACUGUCUUGCGAGCCACGGUUGCGACGACCGAUGGAAGUCGAGUCAAGAGGGAUCCGUUGUGCUUUAUUGCCCAUCUUCUCGACCGCGACUGUUCCGAUGUCUUCCAAGAGUACGAACGUAUGGGCGUCUCUCUGCCUACCCCCGAGCCUGUCAACAAGACACAGAUCCGGACUGUUUCAUGGUAUGAUCGCUUCAAGAAGGCGCUUAUCGGCGACUGGGAAAACCACACCAUCACUCAUGAACAUCAACGGCGUGAACUGUCUGAGCCCUGCUCUCACGAAGGGCCAUGCACUUUGGAAAGUUGCACGUGUGUACAACACGGGCUCCUCUGCGAAAAGUUCUGUGGCUGCACGGUGGAAAGUUGCGCGUACAAGUUCACGGGCUGCGCUUGUCACUCGCAAGGCAAGACCUGUCUCUCGAAACAAAAGGACCGGCCGUGCAUUUGUGUGCAGUUGAAUCGUGAGUGCGAUCCAGAUCUCUGUGGAAACUGUGGUGCAGUGGAGAGAGCCGACCCAGAGAACGCCGAAGAUGAUAUUCUUCAUGCUACAGGCUGUCAGAACUGCGCAUUGCAGCGUGGUCUUCCCAAGGGUCUUGCCUUGGGUCAAAGCCAGCUUGAGGGAGUGGGUUAUGGUCUGUUCACCGCCGAGUUCAUCGCGCAGGAUGAUUUUAUCAUCGAGUAUGUCGGAGAACUUAUCACUCAUGAUGAAGGUGUCCGCAGAGAAGCCAGGCGAGGCGACGUUUUUGACGAGGAAUCCAACAUCUCGUACGUCUUUACAUUGUUGGAGAACGAAGGCAUCUGGGUCGACGCAGCCAUCUAUGGCAACCUUAGCCGUUACAUCAACCACGCGUCAGAGAGCGACAAGCGCGGGUGCAACAUCACACCCCGGAUUCUCUACGUGAAUGGCGAGUACCGGAUCAAGUUCACUGCCAUGCGUGACAUUGAGGCCGGCGAGGAGUUGUUUUUCAAUUAUGGCGAGAACUUCCCCAACCUGACCAAGAAGCUCCUCGACCAUAAGGUGGGAGGGAAGUCUGACCAGGGCAAGAAGCGGACACGGCGGCCAAACCAUGGAGAGGGAGUGGCCAGGAAAGCCCCCAAGGCGGACAAGAAGAAGCCAGGGAAGGGCAAGAAGGCUGCGCGCCUCGCUCUCGAGGAUGAGGACCUGACGAUGAUGGAUAGCCCUGGCUUCGCACUUCCGUCAGACCGCAAGCGCAAGCGUGGUGCGCAUAACGACUCGGAGGAGGAGGAGUACCAGCCAACGGGAACGGAUGCGACGUCCCGGGCAGGGACACCGUCGACGGGUGAUUCUGAUUUUGCCUCAGGUAAGGCCGGAGGGAGGUUGCGAAAGCGAACGCGACAGGUGCCGAAAUCAGCAGCCGAGCAAGCGGGCAAGCCUCGAGGAGAGCCCAAGACACGGGGCAAACGGGGCGGCGCCAGACCCGGAAGUGGUAGGCCUAGAAAGUACCCACGCACGGCGCCGAAGCCUGCCCCGGUCCCGGCCACGAUUCCAGAAGAGCCCAAGGCGCCAACGCCAGAGGAGGCCCAGAUUGUGGUGCCGUCAACGACAACGACCCAGCCAGUGGUGACGGCGCUUGGGCUCCAGCCGCAACAGCAGCCUAAUUCACACCCGGAAUCGCAGCCGCAGUCGACGGAAAUUGAUGACAGUGUGGAAGAUAACGACUACAGCGGUGAUAUUAGGGACGAGAUUAUGCUGCAUAGUCAGCUUGAAAGAAGGGAUAAUGGCGGCGUAGAAGACGACGACGACGACGACGACGACGAUUCCGAUGUGAUUGUCCGAUCGAGGAGAUAUCGGCGUCCUUCGGCCAAGGCCCGGGAUGAUGGGUCAUGGUCAUAG